GGCUGCAGAGAGAGAGAUCAGUUAGCCUGAAGAACUGAGGAGGCAGGAAGGGAAAUGAUGACAGAGAGACAGAGGAUCUUUUAGACAGCGGUGUGAACGAGCAGGAGCAGAAAGGUCACCAAGAAGCCGAAUUGAGUGAAAACAACCAGCAGCGAUGACAUCAUCUGCAAACCGUGCUGUAACCCUAGCAGCUGUUGUCACGGUGCUAAACUGUGUGUUUCUCCAGGGGGUCCAGGCCGGAGUGGUGGGCGACUUCAACCACGCGGAGCGCUGCAAGGACUCUCUGUUUAUGGGCACCCCGCCAAGAGGCUACCUGAGCAACUCCUUUAAGAAGAUCUGCCAAAGGUACGAGGACAGACCCCGCUACGUCACGCUGUACGACCCCCACAAACACAUCCCCAUCUACUCUGCCUACAACUUCAAGAAGUCCGACGGCGACAAGCAGGUGGACUUCCCCUGGAUGUUUGAACCUCAGUUGGCCUCAGAGAAAAGCAGCAGCAACAUGGAGCCCUUCCCUCAAUCCACAAACAUGCACAUGAACUUCGAGGACUCCCAGGCUGUCCUGGAAGACUACGCCGAUGUGGUUCAGUAUGAACGAGGCCAGCUGAAUCCCGACGAGCACCAUGCGGACCCUCUAGACAAAGCCUCCACCUACAGCUUGACCAACGUAGUGCCUCAGAUCAGAGAGUUCAACAUAGGACCUUGGGCCGAACACCAGGACGUCAUCCGCAAACGCCUCAACAACUACUGCCGAGGAAAGGCCUUCUUGGUCACCGGGGUCACCACCUCGGGACACACGAUCCGUCGCAACAACAUGGACCGUGUGGCCGUUCCAGAGUACAUGUGGUCGGCCUACUGCUGCACGGAGUUCGACCAGAACGCGCCGUACUUUGUGCGCUACAAGUUCCCCGCCUUUGGAGCUUACGGGCUCAACGAUCGAAUCAACAACCAGAUGGUGGAGGUCCCUCUGAAGAACCUGGAGAAAUUCCUCAAAGGGAGGAUGGACGUGGACAAAAACUUCCAGAUUUUCUAUAACGACUGCAUCCCGGAUAACUAAGGCAAAAUGUGACUGAUAUUGAAAGUCAAUAUUAAGGUUUAAGGUUAUAGCCAAAAAUAUACCUGAAAAUAAAUAGUCAAAUCUCAAAU